AUGAACGAAUCAAUUAGAAGCACACUAAAAAAGGUAUUAGAAAUGUAACUUGAUUGCACUUAAAUACUAACAACAAUUCUAUUUAAAAAUACUGAUAAGAAUAAAGUUGUAGAAAUGCGUACAACCAAAUAAUAACUCGAGGAACAGAAGAAUUAGAUUGAAGCAGGUGAUUAAAAACGCAAGAAAACAUUUCUCAAUAAUGAAAAAUCAGCAGAUACGACCAAACAAAAAAACACAGAUCAACAAUUAAUUUAAGAUACUAAUGCUCAAAUUAGUUUGUCACCUGAAGAAUGUUAUUCAAAAUUGAAUGAUAUCAUAUAGGAAUUUAGGUAGAAGAAUUCACUAGCUACUAAAAUUCUCAAUUUUGAUUUUGACUACAUAAAGGAACACCAUAGUAAAAACAAAUUCAAGGAGAUAAGAAGUAAGGUCAAGUUAAUGAUAAACAGAAUUUAAAUUAAGAGGACUAUGAUUUCUAUUGUGAAUGGCAAAAGGAUAUUUUAAUGUCCUUCUUGCAAUUUUCAGGGGUUUUCUAGUGUGUAUUAUCCUCAUAUUUUGAAGAAGCAUUGUUAAAAUUAUUAUAUUUUCUGUUGUUUCUUAUGUUAACAAGACUUCUAAUCCUUUACUGUAUUAAAAAAGCAUCUUAAAAGAUAUCAUAAGGAAGCAUUGAACACGAGUUCAGAUAUUGAAAUAAUAAAGGUGCAAUAGGAUGAGAAUGAAAAUGAUUUAAGUAUUAGCAUUUGA